CGUUACCCACUUCCAAAGCCACCACACCAUCAAAAAUGGCACCAAAACCAAAACGGAGCAAGAUCGAAAAGGUCAAGCAAUUCCUGCAGGGCGGGAGUGUCGUCCGCGAAGAUUCUGACGAUGAGUUGGGCGUCGAAGACUACCCCUGGGAAUGGAUAUACGGCGAGUCGAAGGAUGAUGAUGACAAGCGGGACAACCCGCGGAAGCGAAAGCAUUCGGCGAUCGAUGAUGGACCGGAAAUCAUCGGAGCGCGGAUGGGCCAGUUUGAGUGCUUCGUGGGCGAUAUGGUGUUGCUGAAAGCCGAGGGGAACGAGGCGUGGGUUGGGCUCAUUUGCGACCUCCAUUAUGAUGAAGAGGAGGACGAGAAGAUGGCAAAUUUCAUGUGGUUUUCCACGCCGAAGGAGAUAAGGAAUAAAUUGAAGAGAAGGACGGAUGCGCUCGAGAAUGAAAUCUACCUCACUCCGUCAUGGGACGACAAUCCUCUCAGUACGAUCAAUGGCAAAGCUACCGUCCUGUCGAAAAGCGCAUACGAUAAGCGAUAUCCUACUGGCAAAAUCCCACGAAAUGCGAAAGAAUACGGCAAAGUGUUCGUCUGUCGUCGAGGGUGCAACACUCGGACAGCGACAUACACGGAAGAGUUCGUAUGGGAAGAUAUCUACAAGGGUGCAACAGAUAUCGGCGACCUAAUCCACGUAAUUCAGAGCCAGACCAAGGCGACCCGUACAAGGGGCAAAGGAAAAGCAGAGCACGAUCUCGACGAAUUCGUUGUGGAUCACGAUGGAGAUGACCACGAUCCUCGAACCCCUAAGAGGAGGAAGAAGAACACGGAUCUCAGCACGCCAGGCUCCAGAAAGAAGGAACUGACACCUCGCAAACUAUUCACCCCCGGAUCCAAGCGAAUCGUCAUCAAGCGACCCCUUGAAUUCACUCCCUUGGGAACCCGCGUCCUCUCCCCCCACGUCCUCUCCUCCCCCUUCCAACUCGCCCGCAACCAACUGCACGUCUCCUCCGUCCCCGCCUCCCUCCCCUGCCGCGAAGAGGAAUUCGCCGAAGUGUACACCCAUCUCGAGAAAGCCAUCACUGAAGGCACCGGGUCCUGCAUCUACAUCGCCGGAACGCCGGGCACCGGAAAGACGGCGACGGUUCGGGAAGUGGUCGCCCAACUCAAUGCGUCGGUGCUCGCCGAGGAGCUCGACGACUUCAUAUUCGUGGAGAUCAACGGUAUGAAAGUGACCGAUCCGCACCAAUCGUAUGCGCUUCUCUGGGAGGCGCUGCGAGGCGACCGAGUCAGCCCGUCUCAUGCGUUGGAGCUGCUCGAGCGAGAAUUCAGCAGUCCCAGCCCGCGACGCGUCCCGUGCGUCGUGCUCAUGGACGAGCUCGACCAACUCGUCACGAAGAACCAGAGCGUCAUGUACAAUUUCUUUAACUGGCCCGGCCUACGCCACAGCCGGCUCAUCGUCCUCGCCGUCGCCAACACGAUGGACCUUCCGGAGCGGACCCUAAGUAACAAGAUCAGCAGCCGCCUCGGCCUGCAUCGGAUCACCUUCAAGGGGUACACCCACGAUCAGCUCAUGCAGAUCGUCGAGUCGCGCCUCGCGAACGUCCCGGGGAAGAUCGUGCACCCGGACGCCAUCCAGUUCGCGUCGCGGAAGGUCGCGGCGGUGAGCGGCGACGCGCGACGGGCGCUGGAUAUCUGCCGGCGGGCGGUCGAGCUCGCAGAGGCAGAGCAGCUGGCGCGGGUGCAGGAGGACGACUCCGAAGCGCCGGAUACACCCAGUAAGACGGGCCGGAAACGAGGCAGGGAGACGAACGGCAGCGCCGUAGGUGGCUCGCCAUUGAAGAAACACACCGCGGCAGCGACGAAAACGGCGAUUGUCACCAUCGCGACGAUCAAGCAAGCCAUCAGCGAAGCCACCAGCAGUCCGCUGCAACAAUACCUCCGCUCGCUGCCCCUCGCCGCGAAGGUGUUCCUCGCCGCGCUGCUGGCGCGCAUUCGGCGGACGGGGAUCAACGAAGCCGUGCUCGGCGACGUGCUCGACGAAGCGCGCAAUCUCGGGCUCAUGAACCAAGUGGCGCCCGUCGACAAGUAUUUGUUGGCGGAGGAGCGGUUCGAGCCGGACGACGAGGGGCCGAACUGGAAGCGAGGGGGGCGGCCGCGGCAGCUGGAGAAGCCGGAUAGGAAUGGGAAGGCGGCGCGGAUGCAUGGGAUAAAGUACGCCGCGAACGAGUUGUUGGAGGCGGGGAUCGUGGGUUUGGAGGCGAAGCGGGGGGAGAGGGUGGGAAGGAUACGGUUGGGGGUGGGGGAUGAGGAGAUUAAGUUGGCGUUGCAUAACGAUGAGGAGGUGAGGGGGUUUGGUUUUUAA